AUGGAUGUGGCAGUGGCAGCUUCUUCGCCAUUGUUCUUCUCAUUUCCAGCACCUGCUCUUUCUACUUCUUCAAUUUCAAUUCCAAAAGCAGCACUAGCUCAUAAUCAUCGUCAUGUUCAAGCGAUUCGUCACAAGAGAACAUCUUUACCCGCAGCAAUUUCUUCCUCCCCAAUUGCGACUGCUACAAUGGACUGCGAAAUCGAACUGGAGAAUAGAAAAUUUGAUUUGCUCUCUGCUGUUAAUGACACCAAUCGUGGCCUUGCCGCUACUCCAGAUCAACGCUCUUCCAUCGAGGAGGCCCUAGUGAGGGUGGAAAGCUUCGAUGCCGGAGAGCCAGUUGAGUUGGACAUAUUGGACGGCACAUGGCGUUUGCAGUAUACAUCCGCCCCUGAUGUCCUCAUUCUCUUCCAAUCCGCUGAAACUCUUCCCUUCCUUCAGGUUGGGCAAAUUUUUCAGAAGUUUGAAUGCCAGGAUAAAAAUGGCCAAGGUAUUGUUCGCAAUGUAGUUAGAUGGAGCAUCCCCAAUUUUCUCGAGGAGCAUGAAGGUGCGACACUGCUCGUGUCAGCAAAAUUUUCAGUUGUUUCUAAGCGUAACAUCUACCUCGAGUUUGAAGAGAUAACUAUUCAGAACAUAAAGAUCAGCGAAGAGUUGCAAGCUCUAAUAGCUCCAGCAUUACUACCACGGACCUUUCUGAGUUUACAGAUCUUGCAGUUUAUCAAAACUUUCAGAUUUCAAGUUCCUGUCGCCAGUCCACAGAGGCGGUCUGUCGGCGGGCUAUAUUACCUUUCAUACCUCGAUAGCAAUAUGCUUUUAGGCCGUGCAGUUGGAGGUGGUGGUGUUUUCAUUUUCACUAGGGCUCAUGCCUCUAUCUGA